AACAAACACUGACUGCAGUAAACUAACGCUUCGCGUCAGUUUUACGUCAAUUGGGAGUCUGAUUGCGGCACGUCAAGUCCCCGGAAUUUAAAUAGGUGAAAUGUGUAAACUUAAACUUUGUCUCAUGGUUUAGUAGGUUGGUUCAACAUCUAGAAACGCUACUCUCUCUCUCUCACGGUAACUCUUUACACCCUGCUUCUGAUAUUUCAAAUGUUCAAACGUGAUUCCUAGUUCUUAACGGAACUGUAAUGUGAAGCACCACGCCUGAGGAUGAACAAGCUUUCUUUGGGAGAUCAAGCUCCUUCAAGCAAAGUGAACCGCUGGGUGAAUCCAUCCUUCAUAGAUUUGUCAGGGAAAAGCUUUUCUCCAUCUGAAAGGACAAAGGACAGCCAGGUUUUGUGCUCCAAGGCUAAGCCCAAGAGGCCCAGGAAAAGGAAAGGAGAGACUGAUAGCUCAGACUCUAAUUCGUCCUACCUGCCAAAAGAGACAGCCCCAAGGGACCAGGAUGUGCCAUGGGUGGACAGAUACUUGCCCUGUUCUAAGGCUGAGCUAGCUGUCCACAAGAAGAAGAUAGAGGAAGUGGAGAACUGGAUAAGAGUUCACACAAACACAUUUAAGGGUGGUAUCUUACUGCUGACCGGACCAUCAGGCUGUGGAAAGACUGCUACAGUCCACGUUUUGUGUCAGGAGCUGGGCCUGCGGGUUCAGGAGUGGACCAACCCCACCAGCCUAGAGCCUUACACCAGCAGUCAGCAUGAGUGGAGGAUGACUGGCUUGUCCUGCACUUCCCAGUUAGACCAGUUCCAGGAGUUCCUCCUCAGGGCCAACAAGUACAACUGUCUGAAAAUGGUGGAUGAUGGUGAAGUUACAGACAUCAAGCUCAUACUCAUUGAGGAUUUCCCAAACCAGUUCUACCGGCAGCCGGGCAGCCUGCAUGCUAUCCUUAGGCGCUUUGCAAAGACCAGUCGAUGUCCCCUGGUGUUCAUAGUGUCAGACAGUCUGAGUGGAGACAGGAGCUCACGCUUUCUUUUUCCCAGAGAGAUCCUGGAGGAGCUGGACAUCAACAGUAUCAGUUUUAAUCCAGUUGCUCCAACCACAAUGAUGAAAGUCCUGACUCGCAUUUCAACCCUGGAGGCAGGAAAGAGCUGUGGGAGGGUGUGUGUGGCAGACCAAGCAGUGCUAGAGAUGCUGUGUUCAGGAUGCUCAGGAGAUAUUCGCAGUGCCAUCAACAGCCUGCAGUUUUCCUCCCUUACAGACAUACCAUUGGAAAAGCAAUUGUGGAAGGUAAUGAAGGACAGACCUGUGCCUUCACUUGGCAGAGAUGUUUCCAGGACAAACCAGAGAAAGAAUAAGGCCAAACAAGCAAAGGAGCAGGAAGAAGGGCAGGCUAUAGGAGGGAAAGAUGCUUCUCUGUUCAUGUUCAGAGCUUUGGGAAAGAUCCUGCACAGCAAACGUGAGAAUCCUGAAGGUGCUGAAGGAGCUAAAGGUGCUGGUGGGCCUGGUCUACCAACUCACCUCUCUCAACAUCACAGAGAAGCAUUACUGGUACACCCUGAGUUGGUUGUUGAACGGUCACACAUGUCUGGAGAGAUCUUCAAUCUGUACCUCCACCAGAAUUACUUGGACUUCUUCUCUGAGGUGGAGGAUGUGGACCGAGCCAGCGAAUAUCUGUCUGAUGCUGACGUCCUCACUGCUGACUGGAUGAGUCGCAGAACCAUGGGGGAUUAUGGGUCUUCAGUGGCCACCAGGGGGCUCCUCCACUCAAAUUCUCAACAAGUUGCUGUUGGCUUCAGACCACUGCACAAACCCAACUGGCUGCUGGUCAACAAGAAGUACCGGGAGAACUGCCUGGCUGCUCAGUGCCUGUUCAGGAGCUUCUGUUUGAUACCAGUCAGCCUCCAGACUGAACUGCUGCCAUACCUAGUCAAACUCACCAACCCAAUGAGGAACCAAGCCCAGAUAGCUUUUAUCCAGGAUGUGGGCCACAUGUCACUGAGGAGGUUCCCUGGCAGGUUAAAACUGGAGACUUUAACAGACAAAGAGCCAGGCCAGCUGGUGUUCAACAGUGAGGAGGAGGAGAAAGAAGAAUGUCAGGAAGGAGGUGAAGAGGGUCUGCCAGCCAGUCAGCCCCAACCUACUACAAAUCAAAGUCUUCAGGAGGAGGACCUGAUGAUAGAGGAAUACAACAGUGACUAGCACACACAGUCAUGCUUUACAUCCACUCUGUCAUACUGUGAGACCGUUUCACCUUUUCAUCAUUGAGUUUUUUGUUGUCUGAAUUUCUUAUUGAGUUAUGGGUCUGUAUGGAGGAGGUUUGGAGCAAUUUAAUAUAUUCAGAUCUGGACUAAUCUUAGAAAUCUGAGAAAAAAAAGUAAGAGUAAUAUCACAAUUCUAAGAAUAAAGUUGGUACACUGUCAGUAUUUUGAAUUUUUCUUCAUUGUAAGAUUAAUCUUAGGACACAAAUGAUGUUUUCACAUGGCCCUGAUCCUCCUCUGUGGUGUAAUGAUGAAGCUCUGGUGUCACCAGUUUUGUUGUCUCAGUGACGGGUCAUCUGCAUCCAAUAUGAUCAUUUUUAAGCAAACUCAUUUUCUUUCUAAACUGAGUCAUUAAUGUGACUCUGUAGCUCUACACAGUAUCAUAAUACUAUUAAAGGAUGGGUCUCCAUUUUUUCAAGUGAAUUAUAUCACCAUACUCAUAUUUUUAUUUUGGUUGUAAUCAUUCCCCUUGUCCAUAUUGACUGUGAAGAGACCCCCUCCUAAUAUGCUUCAAGUGUAAGGAAUAAGAGGCCAAAUACAUUCUACAGUUCAGCUAAAGCUACUGUGGCACUUUGAUUUUCCUCAUUCAAACUACUAAAGCCACAUAUUGGUAUCAUAUAUUAUUCUUGUUUUGCUCUGUGCAUUUUGUUCCCCAUCACUUCAUGGUAAUUUUAUGAGGAUAGGAUCUGUUCAACUCGUUUAUGGAUGUGUGAAUGUAGUUUUUAAGGCAAAAUAAAAAAAUCUGACCCUGUGAAAAAUGGGAAUUCCUUGUAAUAAUUUGCCAAAGUGACCCUCACAUUUCAGUUCUACCAGCUGAAAUAUUGUUAGUUUAUUUGUUUUAAGUGUACAGCAAGCACUUGUUUUUCCUACUUCACGUUUUUUGUUCUUUUGUUGGGCAUCUGUAGAGAAAGGCAGAGUUCAUUGAACUAGGAGUAAGCUGUGAUAGAGUGCUCAGCAUUUAAUUGAUAUCCUUUUUGUACUGUUUCCUGUGGUUGGAAAAUAAUAAUUGUUACAUUGAAUGCUUAUUGAAGGACAUACUGUGUAAAUCUAAAUAAGCAUGUGAAUAAAAAUAUGUGUGUAAACCUGA